UGGGAGAGGGAGGGACGAACCACAGCUUUCGCACCCGCAAACCGAGUCCUAAUCCUCUCUAAAGAGCACCGGAUGUGACGUGUGGGCCAAAAUAGCACCGCAGGGGCGGGAGCGGCUGGCGAGCGGAUCUUGGUAACAAGUCGGAGUGAUUCUCCGGUUGAUGCUAGGUUGUUUGGAAUGGUUACUCCCGCUGGCUCUAGGGACCGUCUCUGAAGAGUCGGCCUUGGAGGGAAACGGAGGCCGGAGGGAGGGCUGGGGGAAGGGACCGGGGCCUAGAACAACUGCUGACUAAUCGGCGGGCGGCGGCGGAGGAGGAGGGGGUGGCCUGCCGACCGGUCGGCCCGGGUCACGCGCCCGAGGGCGAGCAGAAUGGGCUCGGGGCGCUCGGGUGUCGGCGGGAAGCUAGAGUAUGGGCUCCCAGCCAAGGGCUCCACUCAGCCUUAUGGGGGCGGGGGGCGCGCUGUGCUGUGAGUACCCCAGACACGUGGCCCGGUCCGCGGGGGAGGGGCCCAAGGCCGGUGGGCUGGAUGGGAGGCCCCGAACGUAGCGCCCGGCCCGAGAGCCCCCCAGUAACGGUCGAGGUUGAGAAGACCCUUUAAUCACCUCUCAUCCAACAUCCUUGUUUUUACAGAAGGGGAAACUGAGGCCCAAGGACUUGGGGUACUUUUCCUAAAGUCACAAAGCUGAGCCCCACCCACAGCCUGGGACCCCCACCCCCACCCCCCCCACACACUCUCCAUCACCCGGAAGAAUUGUCCCCGUCCUGUCUUCACAUUCUGUCCUCCCGCCUUCCCAGUAAGGUAGGCAGGGCCUGAUGCUGCACAGCCCCGUUUUAUAGAUAAAGAGACUGCGACCUGGGGCGUUCAGAUCCCAGUUCUGCUGGUCCAUGGGCAAGUCUCUCACUCUUGCUAAAGUACACGGGGUGGGGGGGCGGGAUGGUUGUGAAGGUGCAGGAGAAGGCUGGCAGUGGGUGCCUUGGCUCCCCGCAAGGCUUGCACCUGCCUGACUUCUUGGACUCAACCCAGUCUCCCUAGGCAGAUGCCCAGGCCCAGCGAAGGGCAGGGCUCACCAAAUCCUUCAGCGGGACCUGGAGCAAAGCUAGUGUCUUUCUUUCAGUGAAGACACAUAAAGCACGAGCUGUGUGCUAGGAGCACCCUGGGGAACUUGACCAUGAGUAGGAGGAGCACCCCUCCUCCCAGAGUUCAGACCACCUGCCUAGAGAAAAACAGGUCAAGCGGUGCUCACUGGAUAGGCACACAGCCCCAAGACCACCUUUGAUCACCUUCAGACAAGCUAUGCAUGCCAGAGGUCCCCCUGGCCUACUGACCCCGGCGCUGCCUCUCGCCUCCUCUGUCCUGAUGCUGCUCAUGAGCGGCCUGUGGCUGCUGGGAGCUGGCCCCAGCCUUGUCCUGGCCCCAGAGCUGCUGCUGGACCCUUGGCAGGCGCACCGGCUGCUGACACAUGCCCUGGGCCACAAGGCCCUCCCAGGGCUGCUGCUGAGCCUGCUGCUCCUGCCCACGCUGGGCUGGCGGCAGGAGUGCCACCUGGGCACACUGCGGUUCCUGCAUGCCUCCACCCUCCUUGCCCUGGCCUCCGGGCUGAUGGCUGUGCUGUUGGCAGGCCUCGGGGUGUCCAGUGCAGCCGGGGGCUGUGGAUACAUGCCUGUCCACCUGGCCAUGCUGGCGGGGCAGGGUUACAACCCUAGACGGCCCCGUGGGGCACUGCCACCAUGGCUCCUGCCGUGGCUGCUGCUCGCCCUGACACCACUGCUCAGCUCCGAGCCGCCCUUCCUGCAGCUCUUCUGUGGCCUCCUGGCUGGCCUGGCCUACGCGGCUGGGGCCUUCCGGUGGCUGGAGAUCUCUGAGCAGCGGCUGCAGGCACUGCAGGAGGGUGUCCUGUGCAGGGCCCUGGCGGGGUGCUGGCCGCUCCAGCUCCUUCCCACCCCAGGUGGCCUGGCUGAGCUGCCUGUCACCCAUCCUGCCGGAGUGAGGCCGCCCACCCUUGGACCGCCUUACAUGGCCUCCCCUAGCCUCUGGCCCCUCAGAGAAGGCUCAGCCCCGCUCCCGCCAGGCCUGGGGCCUAUGCAGCCGCUCUGGGAGGGCUCCUCAGAGGUGGGACUGGCCUGGUCUGGGCCCAGCUUCCCCCCAGGGACCCCGCUGUGGGCAGCCCUAGACGAGCAGAUGCUGCAGAAGGGGAUCCAGGCCUCACUCCUUGAGGGGCCAGUCCAGGGUCCCGAAAGCCCACUCCGGCUGUCUAAGUCCUCUGUCUCCUCCCUGCGCCUGCAGCAACUGGAGCGCAUGGGCUUCCCCACGGAGCAGGCGGUGGUGGCCCUGGCAGCCACAAGCCGUGUGGAGGGUGCCGUGUCACUGCUGGUCGGCGGGGAUGUGGGCACCGAGGCGCUGGUGACUCAGGGGAGGGGUGGGCCCACCCACCCUGAGGGUCCUGGGCCCCCCUAGCACAGGCAGGCUCUCAGGUGAGAAGCCUGGCCUGUGGGUGGGAAGUCAGAGCCCAGCCCUGUCUGCUGAGAGUCAGGGUGGGUUCAGAGGAGGCCCCCCAGCAUCCUGCCCUGGUACUGUUUAGAAUAAAAACCAGUUCACUUUUCAACCU